AUGCACUCUGUUGAUGAAGACUUUGAUGAGGCUCAAUUUUUUGUAACAACCAUCAAUUCUGCCAGGGAUCUCAAUUCUGAAAAUCAAAAAAUGACCACUUUAACAUCUUGGCCUCAUUGCAUCAAUGGUGUUGCCAACCACAAGAAAAAUGUUUUGUAUUUACCCUUGAAUGUCAUGGGAGCUGAGUUUUUGACCCCCAAUUUUGCAAUAUUUGUCAACAAUAUGGCUGUCAUCAUGCAACUCAAUGUCCAACAACUGGGCUUCAAUCCAUUAUUUGCCACCAGUCACCUCACCAAGGUCCUUAAUGCUGUUAUUGUGCUGGUGGCACCUCAUAACUCAGAUAUGCACAAUGUGAGGAAGGGUCAGCAUCUAGCAAGCAAAGGCAGAACAGACCCAGGAGAAAGUCCAAACAUGGCUGAGUCAAAAAAUGCUGUAAUUUAA